UAUAUAAAAAUAUAAAACAAUUUUCAAAAACAAAACAAACAAAUCGUUAGAUUAGAUGAUGAAGUGGUCGCUGAAGACUUGGUCUAUCAAGUGAUCAACAAUUCAGUUCCCAAAAGAGUUCAUACGUCUUGUUAUUAUCCAUCCGAUUGAUUGACAGACCGAUAGACAAACAAUGGCCGACGCAUUGAACCAAUUGGUAGCGCCGACCGGUCAGCCAUCGAUGACCGGCGGCCCUCCGUCACAGCCAUCGCCGCCGGCGGCCCCGAACAUAGCCCUAGUUUGUCGAUUGGGCGACGAAACCGUACAGGAAAUUGUGGCCAAAACUGGCGAACUGUUUCAAGCGUUGCGGGCAAUGCCGCCGCCGAGUGGACCGCAACAGCAGCUGAUCAACGCUCAGGAACGACAGGUCCGGACCAAAGAACUGCUGAAGACUAUCGAGUUUUUCUUUAAACGAUUGAGAAAAUCGUACGAAAAGUGUAACGAAUGUUUGUCGGCCAUGGAUUUCAUACAAAUCGAAUCCGUAGUACCGAUGAAAGCCGACGGCCAGGACUGUGGUGGACACGGAAACAUCAACAACAGCAACAAACUGGACGAUAAAAAACAAUCAAAUCCUAAAGCCAAACAACUGGAGACCGAACACCAGGAUCUGGUGGAUCUGUUAUUGUUGAAGAAUAGGCAAAUCAAAGAGAUUAUCGAUAAUCUUCGGGCAAUUGUCUGGGAAAUCAAUACAAUGCUUGCAAUGAGACGGCCGUAAUGUUUGUGGUGACCGAUGAGGAAGACAAUGAAGAGUUUACUGAAUCAUUGCUGUUGUUGUUGUUGUAAUCAAUCAAUUGAUCUAACAUUUUAUAUACACAUCACUAUACAGUAUUGUAAACUGUAUAUCAUAUAAAUUAAUUUAUAUAUAAGUUUAUAUCACAUUUUAUAUCAUAUUUUAUAACUUACCGGUA